AUGGUUGUCUUCGCCUCUUUCAUAAUAUUUUUGGGACUGAGUUCGGUCCUACGACCUGCUGAAUCUGUUAAUAAGGGCAGCAUUUAUGGUCCACUGAUUGAACUUGUGGUUACUCAUCUAAAUGAGAGUAAUUUAGAUUUUGAUAAUUGGACUAAGGAAAUGAGUUUGUCCUUAAGCGAUGAACAACAGGAGCGAGUUUCUUGGAAUAUUCCCUGGUCGCGUUUCCUGGAAGAGGGAAAAUCCUCUCUGGAACUGCAAAACCAACUCAAUCCCGGGAAUUCCUUUAAGCUGAGGCUUUGGAUGAGCCUCUAUUGGUACCUCCACCGAUCUCAGCUAUUGAACGAGAUUCUUCUUUCUAACUUUGCCCAGGAAUUGAUGAAACUUCGAAAAAAUCACCCAGAAGUGUGGAACAAUAGUCUGCAAAAUAUGGGACAGAGUUUGCCCAGAACUUUGAGACUUCUGCUGAAAAGUCAACGUUUGUGCCUGCUACACAAAAGGGAAAUGUUCUAUGUUGGUCCUGAAAAUCAACUGGAUUUCGGCGCCAAUACAAACUGUAGCAUUUGGGAGGUUCAGGAGAAGAGGAAGGAUCACUGGCUAAGACUCGUAAAUGUCUGUGAUGAUAAGAGCAAUUUCUUUAUCAAUAUGUUAACACAGAACGGAUCGCAUUUCCUGCUCAGUGCUCCCAAUCACAUGGCGAGGCAUUUUUGUGUGCUAAAAGGCUUUGGUUACUUUGAGGAGGCGUCAGGUCCGAAAAUUGCUUGCCAUUGGCAACUAAAUGAUUGCAGAUUUUUAUAUAAAAUGAUAUAA